AUGAACAACCACAGCUCUUCAGACAAACAAACGUCUACUGAAUUACCCUCUCAACCACCCAAUGAACCUUCUCAAUCUGACGGUCAUUUCCCUAUUGAAGAGCGUCGUUCCCGCUCGUCCUCGGAUUCAAGUUCACACUCACAAAGUUUAUACAAUUCAGAUUUGCGUUCGCUCAGCAAUCAAGUAGAACAGGAGAACUACUCCUCUACCUCAAUAAGCAGCAGUACAAGUAACAGCAGUAUUAAUAGUAGUAGUAGUAUUUAUGUUAGUAAUGGUAAUAUAAGUAAUAGUGAGGGAGACACAACAUUAAUAACGGAUGAAGCUAAUGAUAAUGCUAAUAGAAGACAAGCACCGCCUGCACCUAUUCACACUAAUGUCGAUAGUAGUUUGCCGGGUCCUGGCAGUGCAUUAACACGCAGAGAGCAUAUUACUGCACAUUCACAUGAACGCAGUAGAUCCUCGUCGGUCGAUGAAUCGACUGUUGAAGAUUGGACUAUUAACCGAGUGGUACAGUGGUUAGAAGAUAAUGGAUUUGGCAACUAUAAACAACACUUUAUUGAUAAUAAUUGGUAUGGUAAUGCAUUCUUUGCAUUAACUAACAUACAGAACGUAAAAGUACCAAAAGGAGAUCAGAGAUUCAAACUUAUUACUGCAAUAAGAAAAGUAGCCGAGAAGGCCGAUAUCAAAACGGAACCACAAUCUGCAGUGGACCAUCCCUUAGACAGUGCCCUUUCUCUCAUGCUUCCGCCGAUGAACUUUUUUGCAGGGACGCCAUCUCCUUCCACUCAAUUACCACCCGUUCGAGUAAAUUCUGAACCCAAGAUUCCUCUUUCUUUGAGAUUGUCAUCAAGUACAAACGAUCUAAAAAGUCAUCUUAAUCUUGGUGAACGAUCAUCUUCGCUUCUGUGGCGCCUAAAGAAAAUAAUGGCAACUUUGGAUAAUUUAAACUUCCGCGUUGUUAAUAUUGACCCAGAAGAUGUUAACAGAAUCAAGGACAAAGUAUUAACCGCACUGGGUGUUAUGAGUGACCGUGAUUACUAUGUUUUCUAUGCAACCGAAAUUGAUUUAGAAAAACUUGGCGAAAGUCUUAAGGAUGAAGAGUUGAUAGAACGAUGUCGGAAUGCGGAUACGAAGGGGACGCUAAAAUUAUUUGUCAGACACAUUUCGGUUAAGGUUACGACUUUACCAAUGUCACAACAUGAGCAACGUAGAACUCUAGCUGAUCUGAGAACACCAACCAUAUCUAGUUUAUCAGGGUCAACGUCGUUUACGAAUUUCCCUAAUCAUGAGGAGUUUUACGAACAAGAAAUGGCGUCAUAUUCUAAACGGGAGUCUUUAAUUAAUGGUCGCAACGGUAUGAAUAGAGUACCGAGGCCGGCGAAAUCUUUCAAUACUUCGUCACCUAUUCCGAAUAGCUUAAGGCCCGGUGGAUUUAUAUCUACCAAGCCAAAUAGUUAUGAGACAGCUCAUAAAUCAUCAUCGUCGGACAAGUUACUUCAAUCACAACAAUCAGUUUAUCCAGGUACACUCAAAUAUCGUACUAAGAUCAACAAAUCAGAUAUCAGCUUACCAUCACAGUCAUCUGUUGCUAAUAAACCCUAUGAUUCAAUAGAAGUCUAUCAACCGUUUCACGUAAAUGUAUCAGAUACAGAUCUGCAGCGUCGAAAACAAAAGUCAAGGACAUUUCCCAUCAGCACUCGGGAUGGUACACAGGACGACUUUUGUAUAUCAUGUAUAUCUGAAUCUAUAUUAAGUGGGAGAAAAAAUGAGGGGCCUCGCACACAGGAAUACGGUAUUUUUAGUCCAUAUGCCGAAGACGGUCGUCGAGCUAGCUUCCACAGUGAACCCGAUUUUGAAGAUCAGGCUGGAACACUGGAAACUGAGAAAUCGAUUUUCACUGCGGAGGAUGAUUUGGGUUAUGAGACGCCUGAGAAACGAUUAUGGCCUAAAUUAGAUAUACCAACACAAACGAGCGAUAAUACAGAUGACAACAAUGAUGAUGACUUAUGGGUCCAACCACCCAUACCCGGCAAGAACAAUAACAAUGCUCAACCAGAAACUGCUAAUGACAGCUCAAGCAACAAUUUGACAGGCGACACUUGCGUUCCAGAAAGUAUACAAAGUGAUCUGUCACCCCAAACAUUAACUGAUUCCAGGUCUUCAGAAUAUGACUCACAAGAUUCUUCCUAUGCAACGAAUGGCCCUCGUCGCAAAAGAUACUCUGAUGCAUCAUAUGACUCUGAACCUCCCAAAGAAGCUUCUAAACUCCAACGCACUAUUUCCCUCCGCAGAGGUGUUAAGGUAACCUGGGUGACACGUCCUAGUGCCGAGGAUGUGUACCAUGAUCUGGACAAGUAUUUCCCGGGACACGAUCUUGAUAAACCUAUCACUGAAGGAAACGGUAGUUUGGUGACCUACGUUAAUCACCGUGGGGAGACCCCAACGCCUCCCGUAUCACCGACUACCAAGACGGAAAAACGAGGUGCUCCUUUGCAACGUUACAAAUCUAUUCGAUCUCAGACUACAAGUGCUAUUAGGGCUGCUACGAAGUUGAAGAGAAAAGCCACGAAAUUCUGGGAUAAGAGGGUUGUGGAAAUGCGGCCUGGGAGUAAUGGUCAAAGCAGUCCGGUUACGAGUCCUUUAGAGAGUACGCCCGAUGCAGCAUUGACUGAAACUGGUCAUAACGAGUGUAAAAAAUCAAACAAAAUAUCUUGGAUCAAAGGUGAACUUAUUGGAAAAGGAACAUUUGGGAAAGUCUACUUGGCACUUAAUGUUUCAACAUCCGAGAUGAUCGCCGUUAAGCAAAUUGAAUUACCAAAGACAAAAGCGGAUCGGCUGAGUGAGAGACAGAUCAACUUGGUGAAAUCUUUCUAUGCUGAAAUUGAGCUUCUGAAAGUUCUUGAUCAUGAGCAUAUAGUACAAUAUCUUGGCUACGAUGAAUGUGGGGAUACAGUUAAUAUUUUCCUCGAAUAUGUCAAUGGUGGCUCGAUUGGUACAUGUCUGCGAAUUCAUGGUCGAUUUGUGGAACCAGUAGUUAAAUCAUUUACACGGCAAAUCUUGCUGGGUUUGGAAUAUUUGCAUGGGAAAGGAAUUCUUCAUCGGGAUAUCAAAGCGGAUAACAUUCUUGUAGACGAAGAGGGUUGCUGUAAAAUAUCCGAUUUUGGUAUUUCAAAGAAAAGUGAUCAUGCAUUCGCCUAUGACAACAUUUCAAACAUGUCCCUUCAAGGAACGAUCUUCUGGAUGGCACCGGAGGUGUUUACAAAUGGUUACAAUGCAAAAGUCGACAUUUGGGGUCUUGGCUGCGUGGAACUCGAGAUGUUUACCGGAAAGCGUCCUUGGGAGAAGUAUACCGACGUUGCUGCCAUGUAUCAACUUGGAACAGAGAAAAAAGCGCCGCCUAUAAGAGAUGACAUUCAAAUGUCAGCGGAAGCACGAGACAUGCUGAAUAAAUGCUUUACAAUAGAACCAGAACUGCGACCUACAGCCGCCGAACUCUCAAAACACCCUUUUGCUAAAGAAGAUCCUAAAUUUCGAUUUAAAGAAUACAUCCGAAUACCAUAA